GAAUGAGAAAUGUAAACAAAGGAAAUAUUUAAUUUCACAUUGCGAAGUUUGCAUUUCAAUAACAUUAUUCAAAAAUGACAAGAUGGCUGUGGCAAUACCGCUUUCCGUUUAGUAGAUUGGAUUUUUAAAUACGUGAUGGUGUCAAUUUUAUUAAUAUAGAUAUAUAUGUUGAGUAAUAAAUAAGUGGAUUGCAUGAUCUUUGUUGAUAAUUAAUUCAUCGUAAUCAAUGCAAUAAUAAAACGAGUGAAUAAAGAACAAAAUAUGGCAAGACAAUCGUACAGUAUUGUUGAGUAUUAUGGUGAACAGGAUGGAUAUAAAUGUGGUUAUUGCAAAAGCCCAAACACAAAUUUCAGUCAUGGUAUGGGUACACAUAGAUUGACUGUGCAAGAUUACCAAGCUCUAGUAGAUAGAGGUUGGAGAAGGUGUGGUUCUUAUUGUUACAAAUCUACAAUGGAUCAAACAUGUUGCCCAAUGUAUACAAUUAAAUGUGAAGCAUUACAAUUUAAAAUUUCUAAAUCACAAAAAAAGGUUUUGAAAAGAAUGGCAAAGUUUUUAAGAAAUGAAUUACAUAAAGAUGAUACUAUGGAUACGUACGAUGGAGAUUUUCAUAACAUUGAUAUUGAAGAAAUUCCUAAUCACAAUAAGCACUUUUUAAAAGUUGACAAAGAUAUUUCUGAUAUGAAUGUGAAAUUUAUUAGUGAUGAAGUUAAUGCAAGGUUACAUCCUAGCACAUCAGAUAGAGGACAGAAAAAGCAUGGUCUAGAAAAUAAAAAACAUAAUUCUGAAAGUGUACCUGCUGCAUCAAGUUAUAACAAUGAUUCUCAUAGUACACCUCAAAGUCUACAAUCUGUAGAAAUGAAUCCUACUCGGAUACCUUGUAUGAAAGCAAAGCUUUUACGUAAACAACGAAAACAAAACAAAUUAAUGACACAAGGAAAAACUCAGGAAGAAAUAGAAGCUAUUUUCAAAGAAAAUAAACAAGAAAACCAGGCUAAAAGUUUAGAGCAAAUAUUUGAUGAAGUUUAUAAUGGAACCAACAGAUUAGAGCUAAAACUAGUUAGAACUUCACCAAUGAGCUCUGGAUAUUUAAAUACCUCAAAACAAUCUUAUGAGGUAUAUAAAAAAUAUCAAACAACAAUACAUGGAGUUCUAGCAGAGAAGGUUACAGAGAUGCAAUAUAUGGGAUUUCUUGUGAACUCACCUUUACAGCCAUGGACACCAGAUGAUGGACCACCAAGUGGAUAUGGUUCUUUUCAUGAACAAUAUUGGUUAGAUAAUGAAUUAAUUGCAGUUGGUGUGAUAGAUAUUUUACCAUCUUGUGUUUCAAGCGUUUACUUUUUUUAUGAUCCGGCUUAUUCUCAUCUCUCACUUGGCACAUUUAGUUCACUUCGAGAAGUUUAUUUAACAAGACAAUUAAAUAAAAUUGCAAAAGAUCUGAAAUAUUACUACAUGGGAUUCUACAUACAUUCAUGUCCUAAAAUGCGAUACAAGGCACGAAUGAGACCAUCAAAACUAUUAUGUCCUGAAACUUAUGCGUGGUUUGAUAUUGAACCGUGUUUAUUAAAAUUAGAUAAACAAAAAUAUAGCAGACUGAAUGAUGAUAUUGAUGCUAUUAACGAGGAUAAUAUAGUUGAUAUUCGUAAGGUAUUAAUUUUGUAUCGGCAAAUUGCGAUGCCGUAUGAAAUCUAUAAAAAGCAAGCUCAAACUAUCACGCAAGAUGAAGAAGAUGAGAUUAAAGAAUAUACUAGUUUAGUUGGCAUGAAGUGUGCACAGAGAUUGUUGCUUUAUCGCUGUUAAAGUAUGCAAAAAGUUUUAACUUAUUUAUAAAAACAAUCGUGUAUUUUAUCAAAAGACGAAUUGGAAUCUUAUUAUGGAUAAUUAUUAGUAAGUGAAAUUAAUAAAAUUAAUAGUUUCAAAUAAAGUAUUUGUGAUGAUAAGUGUGUAAUAAAUUAAUAAAUUCUUAUCAAAUAAAAGUGAUUCUUUUCAUGCUAUGCA